UAUUAACCACCGAAGGUUUUGGAUGGAAGCAAUAAUUUACUAACAAGGAAACUUUACAACGGAAACAGCCCCUUAUCUUUGGGAGAGAGAAAUGAAGAUUCUUUGAGUUAAAAAAAGAUUCCGUUGAAGCGAAGAAGAAGAAGAAAUGAGCGGCGGGUGGUCUGCACUUUUGGUCCUUGGUUUCUCCAUUAUACUCUCACUUGACAUCCACCACAAUUCAGAUGAAUGGAGGCAUCGGCGGCAGAUUAGUGCUGAAUUGAUGAUCAGAAAUGGAAGCAUAUAUACCAGCGAUUCAUCACUUCCGUUUGCUGAUUCCAUGGCUAUCCUUCACUCCCGAGUUCUCCGCAUUGGCACCUAUUCCUUUGUCAAGCAAGUUUCUGGAGAUGGGACCAAAGAGUUAAAUCUUGAGGGAAAAAUUGUUGUGCCAGGAUUUAUCGACUCUCAUGUCCACUUGAUUCCUGGAGGACUCCAGAUGGCACGAGUAAAAGUGCGAGGCGUGAACUCAAAACAUGACUUCAUAUUAAAGGUCAAAGAAGCAGUUGAAAACAUGAAAGAAGGUUCAUGGUUGUUGGGUGGCGGAUGGAAUAAUGAUUUUUGGGGAGGAGAGUUGCCAUCAGCCUCUUGGAUUGAUGAUAUUACUCCUCAUCAUCCUGUAUGGCUUACAAGGAUGGAUGGUCACAUGGGUUUUGCUAACUCCCUGGCUAUGAAAAUAGCUGGUGUUACUAGUAGUAUGGAAGAUCCAGAUGGUGGAACCAUUAGCAGAAAUGCAGAUGGAGAACCUACAGGCUUGAUGAUUGAUUCUGCAAUGAAGGUUAUUGAUUCCUGCAUUCCAGAAGUUUCAGUAGAAGAAAGAAGGCAAGCUUUACACCGAGCUAGUAAGUAUGCGUUGAUGAAUGGUGUCACAACAGUUGUUGAUAUGGGAAGAUAUUUUCCUGGAGUACCGAUAGAAAGUUCAUGGGAAGAUUUUUCAGAUGUUUACAAAUGGGCUGAUUUAUCGGGAAAAAUGAUGAUCAGGGUUUGCCUUUUCUUUCCACUGCCAACAUGGUCACAUGUGCUUGAUACAGUAAAAUCCGCAGGCCGUAAGCUGAGCCAGUGGAUAUACAUAGGCGGUGUUAAGGCUUUUGCUGAUGGAUCCUUGGGGUCAAACAGUGCGCUUUUUCACGAGCCGUAUGCUGAUGAGCCUUUGAAUAAUGGCCUCCAAGUUACAGAUGUAGAAAGUUUAUAUAACAUGACUGUUAAAUCUGAUGAAUCUGGCCUUCAGGUUGCUAUUCAUGCUAUUGGAGACAAAGCCAAUGACUUGGUCUUGGAUAUGUACAAAUCAGUUGCUACAACGAAUGGGAAACGGGAUCGGAGAUUUCGGAUUGAACACGCUCAACAUUUGGCUCCUGGAAGUGCAACCAAGUUUGGUGAACAGGGAAUUGUUGCUUCAGUGCAGCCAGAUCAUCUGCUGGAUGAUGCUGACUCUGCAGUUAAAAAGAUUGGGAUCGAGCGGGCGCAGAAAGGAUCUUAUUUAUUUCAAUCACUUCAUGCUAGCAAUGCACUUGUAGCAUUUGGUUCUGAUUGGCCUGUAGCAGAUAUCAAUCCUUUGAAUAGCAUAAAGACUGCAAUUAGGAGAAUACCUCCUGGUUGGGAUAAAGCUUGGAACUCAGCAGAGUGCAUGAAGCUGGAUGAUGCAUUAAACGCGUACACUAUUUCUGCAGCUCGUGCAUGCUUCCUUGACGAGGAUAUAGGAUCAUUAUCUGCUGGCAAGAUUGCUGACUUUGUAAUACUGACCGGUCAUACCUGGGACGAUUUCAUAACUCAAGAAACCAUUUCAGUUGCUGCAACAUAUGUUGGUGGCGUGCAGGCUUAUCCUUGAGAUUUAUGAGGCGAGAAGAAUUACUGUGAAAAGUGAACGACUGCGAAAGGUCUCGUUAGAAGGUAGAACUCGUCUCUACAUUUUUGUGAUUAUAGUUGUUGGUUAGAGAUUCUAAUUGUUAGUGUGAAAGGUUUCAUGAUCUACCUAAGGUUGGAGUGUUGGACCUUCAUAAAGGAUCACUCGAAAUCGUUUUGGUUUUACUCGCAUGAGUAUAGUACAUAUUGAAACAACUCAAAUUUGAUAUCAUUGUUUAAUGGUGGUUUUUGAGGGCUGUA